AUGGGAGUACUUGCUGCAAUUCAAGACGGAAAUAAGAAAGGAUACAAUCUCAGACUAACCGUAAAAGAUUUGGAUGGUCAUAUUUACUAUGCACAUGGCAAUGUCACAACAGCCGCACAACUUCUUGACGCUUUCAAGACUACAAAGAGAGAACAAAUGUUUGACUCCGACUCAGAUAUUUUGAAUGCAAUUGAAGGAAUUGCAAGCGUGAAGUUCGAAUGGUUACAACCCAACCCUCAAGCAGUCAGACAACAUGCUGGAUACUUCCCGUUCAGAAAUAAGUCUGACAUUGACUUAACAAGGUAUGGAAUUUACAAUUCAAUUGAAAAAAUUGUCAAUAAACCUUGUAUUCUUACAUGUCUCAGGAACUCUGGUCUUGUUACAGAUGAGAAAAUGAAGUAUCUUGAGUCAUGUGUGAAGACGAGGUACGUUCUCAGAAGUCAAUUGACAAAGAUUGCACCGUUGGCAAAUGUCAAUAUCCGAGUCAACAUUCCGACUGAGAAAGGUUCUUCACAUGACGACUAUGUUGUUGACUUCAAAUUGCCAUGGUUGAAGAUUGUACUUGUCCACAACCACUUCAUGUUGAACGAAAGUCUUACAAACCCAUUGUUCGGAAAAGGCAA